UUUCUCUACUGGAUCAUCCAAUUGCCGUUUCUUUUCAUUUCUCCUCAUAAAAUUCGUUGGUUGUUCCUCGCAAAGGGUGUGCUCACACCUAUAGCGUGGCUGGGAAUGGUCAUCUGGGCGUUUGUAAAGGUCCCUGCCUCAGAGGGCUUGUUUUCCGAACAUGCAACUAUCGGAGGCAGCUACUUCUCAUGGGAAUGGCUCAGCGCGAUGAACAGCGCCUUGGGAAUCUAUGCCAGCUUAUCGGUCAAUAUUCCGGAUUUCACUCGCUAUGCCAAGAAUGAACGAGCGUAUGAAUUCCAAUCCGAGAUCCACAUUGCUGUCUAAUGGGUUUUCAGUCAAUAUGUCCAACCCUUUGUCAUACCCGUCGUGUUUACACUGUGCAGCUUUGUCGGAAUUGCUGUGACUAGUGCUGGAAUACAGCUUUACGGCGAAGUCCUGUGGAACCCUCUUCUAUUAAUCGAUCGUUGGGAGAAUCGGGCCGCAGCCU